AUGUCGUGGGUAAUGUUUGGAAGUCCCUUGUGGAAGACUGAUAAAGUUUCCGAUGGAAUCAAGCCAUUACCAGGAGCUGCAGAGUGUAAGGACCUAGAGGAUAAAUUUGUUAAUGAUGGAAUAAAAACAGAAGUACAAAAUUUUCCUAGAAAUCAACCAAUUAUACCCCCUUAUAACGCUGUUAAAGAUGUCUACGCACAAGCUUACUUUCAGUCACCUGUUGUGAAAGGGAUAUUUGAACGAAAUGAAGCAUUGAAGAAUUUUAAAGAAGAAAAGUCCCGGAUAAGCCAUAAUAAAUUAAGUGCUAGAAAACGAUGUCCUAUAACACCAAACGAUAAUGAACUGAAAUUAAGAGAACAGAAAUUUAUAAAUGACGGCAUAAUAACAGAAAGAUCCCGCACCAAAUACAAAGACAUAAUUCCUGAUUAUGACGCCACAAAAGAUCAUCACAGCAACCAUUACACCAAAAGAGCAGACGUCAAACGAUUAUUAGCGGUCACGUGUACACCUCGAGGUAAGUAA